AUGGCAGCAGCAUCUGCGUCGGCGAUGGCGUUCAUCCUGCGGCACCGCUUUUUCAUCUUCUCUGAGCUGCCGCAGUUCCAGAGGCGCCUCUUCUCUCUUCUCCUCCGCCACAGUUAUUGCUCCCCCUUGGCCGCCCCUGUUGCCUUUUUCCCGCUCUCAUCUGUUUCGGCGCGAGCGGCGGCAACACCGCCUCCUGUACCAGCCCUCUCAUCCUCCGGGCGAGCUGCUCCCUGCUUCCACUGGUCGAGGCCCUCUGUCCAUAGCUGCAGCGACAGGGCCUUCACCACCUCCGCAUCUUUAAAGCCUUCGUCCCCUAGGUUCACCAACACCGAUGCCUCGUUCGAUUGGUCUGACGAGGAAGACGGCGCGGACAAUACAAAGGAGCCAUCGCCGGCUAAGAAGGCACCUUUGGACAAAAGCGAACUGCCUCCACCCUACGACCCCUUCAACAAGAAGCCCGUCAUCGAGGAACCCAAGGACCCCAAAGAUCUUCAGGAGAUCUUCCACAAGAUGCGGACUGAGGGCCUCACCAACUACGCUAUCAAGAUGUUCGACGGAUUGUCAAAGGACGGCCUCACCCACGAGGCUCUUGCUCUCUUCUCUCAGAUCAAGGACAAGGGUGCCAUGCCCGACGUGGUGGCUCACACUGCCGUCAUCGAAGCGUACGCCAAUGCUGGAGGCCACUCCAAGGAGGCCCUCAAGACAUAUGAACGGAUGGUCGCCUCGGGAGUUAACCCCAAUGCGUACACCUACUCAGUCCUGAUCAAGGGCCUCGCGAAAGACGGCAAACUGAAGGAGGCGAGGAAGUGCGUCCUGGACAUGCUGGAGAAGGGAAUGAAGCCUAAUGUAAGCACGUAUACUUCUGUAUUUGAGGCUUUUGUGAGGGAGGACAAGGCCGACGGGGCAAAGGCGUUGCUGGAGGAGCUGCGGGCUAAGGGUUUCGCGCCAAACGAGAAGGCUGUUAGGGAGCACCUGGGCAAGCGUGGCCAUGUUUUCAGGAGCAUUAUGAACUUGAUCUUUGGGAAGUGA